UACAACAAAAAUGAAUAAUUAUAAUAACCAAAAUAACUAUAGUAUAAAUAAUUUUAAUAAUUUUAAUAACUAUAAUAACCAAAAUGGUUUUAAUAACUUUACAAACUAUAAUGAUCCAAAUACCAAUAUCAUUACCAAUGUUAACAACAAUACUACAAAUACAACAACAACAACAAAAACAACAAAAACCAAUACUGUUAACACCAAUAAUGAUUUUAACAACAAUAAUAGCUUUAAUAGUUUUAAUAAUUACAAUAACAUGAGCAACUUUAAUUACAAUAUUAAUAAUAACAACAAUAGUAAUAGUAACUACUUCAAUAAUAAUAUUAAUAGUAAUAACUAUGUUCAUAACAAUAUGAAUAGUAACCAAAUGAUUACUAACAAUAAUAUUGGCUUUGAAAACCAAAACAUUAAUAAUGUUAACACAAAUCAAAAUAUUAAUGUAAACAAUUCAAAAAAAGAUGCAACAUGUUUUUCCACUGAACAAUUAGAAUUUCAUUCAACAAUAAUGUUAUCACAUUUAAAAAAUCAAAAUAAGUUUAGAUCAAGAGAAUUUUUAACUAGAUCAAAUGAUUCCACUCCAAUUCUCUAUAAAAACAUUUAAUCAUAUAUAUAUUAGAAAUAUAUAUAUAUAUAAAUUUAAAAAAAAAUAUUUAAAAAAAAAAAAAAAAAAAAGAAAUUUUUUAUAUUUUAUUUUUUUUAUUAUUUAAUAUUAAAUUUCAGGUUAUUUUUGUGUAAAUUCUCUCAACC